GCUCUGCCUUCGAUAAUUGCGGCUCUUCGGAGCAGCGGUGAUGCAACCACCACGGACGCCUACUUGCAGGCUCUGCAACGAGGCCUGCGUGACUUGACUUGCACUUCCAAGUCUGGAGAGCACGUUGUAUCUCCUUCGACAAGACGCGAGUGUCCCGCUUGUCGCCUUAAACGAUGCUUCCUUAUUGGCAUGAGACCAGACCUCAUUCAAGUUCGCAAGAAAGAUGGGACGAAGCCGCGCUGGUUGGACAAGUACCCAGCAGCUGCUCAAGUUCACGAGCACCACGUAGCCCGUUCUGAGGUCUCUAAGAUGUCACGCCUGAAGCAGAACUCCAGUCCUGGAGACAACAGCCAUCGCGAUCCCUAUCCUCUGACCUAUCCACACUACACUGUGACACCUCACCAACUCAAUAAUGGCCAAUCAAUGAAGGGUGGUAGAGGUUUUGAAACCUUUCCUCCUGAGGCUGCCUACGCUACUCCACGAUCAAUGAUGCCUUCGCAUCCACUACCACUGACGCCGGUAUUGCAGAACAAUGGUGGGAUAUAUGAGGAGAAUGGGCGUAGUGUUUCCGCGGUGCUAAGCGGGGAAGCAGAUCCAGUCUUGAGUGAGUUCCAAGUCAAGACGGAACUGUCGAGUCCUCAGUACCGAAGUCCUGCAUACUGCGAUAUGCGAUGA